GUAAACUCAUCUGCCAGGCAUAUGACGGUGCUAGUGUAAUGAGGGGUGCCACUUCAGGAGUUCAGAAGAGAAUCCGGGAUGACUACCCAACAGCCCACUAUAUCCACUGCUAUGCCCAUCAGCUCAAUCUUAUCAUGCAACAGGCUACCUCCCACGUAGUCAAAGUCAAAAACUUUUUUUCCGACCUGGGUGGAUUUUCUGCGUUUUUUUCAAGAUCCCCCAAGCGGACCAGUGUGCUUGAUGAGGUAGUGGCCCAUAGACUACCAACAGCCAGCACUGUGAGAUGGAACUUUCACAGCCGUGCCGUCAAUACUGUGUUUGAGCAAAGAGAACACCUCGUUGAAUGCUUUGAAAGAAUUCGAGCAUCAGGUGGCUUUGAUGACAAGACCAGCCAAGAAGCAGGAGGCUACAUCAGGCUACUGGAGGAUCCUCAGUUCAACUUCUUCCUGCAACUGUUUCAUAAAAUAAUGCCACACGUGGACGUCCUCUAUGCCAAGCUCCAGAAGAGAGACAUAGAUUCAGUCCAUAUAGAAAGAUGCAUCCAGCAGUUCCAAGAGGACAUACAAAAAAUCAGAGAUUCUCUCCAUGCAAUGGUGGUGGAGCAAAGCAGUGGCUCUCAGCAGCCGAGGAAGCGCCGGGCUGUGUCGGAAGAUGAGCUUAGAAGGAUUGCUGCUGAGGUAUGUGACACCAUACUUGGACACACCAAGGAACGCUUUGCCUUCAAAGACCACCUCAUCAGUGCCACCUUACUGCAGGGCAACCAGUUUGAAUGCUACCUCAAGGUAUUCCCUGAAGUUGCUUUGGCCACCACAUUGAAGGCCUAUCCAAUUCUGGAUGGAGGCAAGCUGAAGACAGAGCUUGGCCUCAUCUAUGGCACAGACGAAUUCAGAUCCUGCCGUAGUGCUGUGGAUCUUUUCCAGUUGUUCAUGGAAAACAAUCUAUCUGAGGUAUUUUCAGAGACAGUUACACUGCUGAAAAUCAUGAUCACAACUCCCAUGACCACUGCUGAGGCUGAGAGGUGUUUUUCAACUCUGAAAAGGAUUAAAACCUUCCUCAGGAACACCAUGAGUCAGGAGAGACUGAAUGCCUUAGCCAUGCUCUCAAUGGAAAAAAGGCUGGUCACAGACAUGAUUGACUUUAACCAGAGAGUUAUUGAGGAAUUUGCCAGCUUGAAAGAGAGGAGGGCUAAAUUUCUUUACAAGUAGUGGGGCCUACUCUGGCACAUAAAUGUCAAAUGUGAUGAAUAUGUGUCUGAAUACUAAUCUAAACCUAGUUCCAAUGUUUGUAAUGAGCAGUGUGUUUUUGUUUAAUAAAUCUUUGUUUUUCAAUAUAUUCUACUGAAUCUCUUUUGUGGGUUAUUUUCUCAUUGCGGAGUGCUAUUUAAACCGUGC